AUGUUGGGUUCAUCCAGUGACUGCCUCCCUUUGUUGGUAAAGACGGUCAGGCAUGCCUACUGCCUCCCUGCGUGCUCUUUCCGCUCCACCGGUGACGCCGGCCGUGUGCCGUGCUGCUGCUGCUGCUGCUGUGGCGCGCCCCUUUUCUAUUCGACGCAGGCGCGGAGCCUCGAGCUGGUCGAGUCCGAUUGGGAUUUCGCCGCCAUCAUCACCAAGCAGCUUGCGGAAUGGAAGCGUCGGGGUGUGGGCAAUAGCUACCAGGAGGCGCUGCUGAAGGAGGUUAUUGAGCUCCAGACGAGGGCGCUGCUGCGGCCCAUCUCUCUGCCCGCGGAGGAGCUCCAGCCGAGGGCACUGCUGCGGCCCAUCUCUCUCCCCGCGGAGGAGGGGAGCUUGAUGGUCCAGCUGAACGCGACCUACCGGAGCAUCGAGGAAUCGAUGGGGAGGCUUCUGCCAGAGCAGACGAAGGAGCAGCUGUCCCUUCUAGAAGCAUUGGUCAGGAAACCCAGUAGUUCGACAGCAGCGGUGUAG